ACAGCUAUACCAUCCACUAUCACCCUCAAAACCCUCUUUUUUUUUUUUUUUUUUUUCUCUCUCUCUCUCUCUCUUUCAUUUCCAAACCAAACCCUAUUUGAUCCGAUCGGCUGUAGAUACUGAACAGUGAAUCCGACUCCUUUUCUCACUCUUAAUAAAAUAAUCAUAAUUUUCAACAUAAAAUCCCCAAGAAAAGGGAGAAAUUGGUUUCUAUAUAUGUCCACUUCCAAUCCCAUCAUAAACUCUCUCUCUCUCUCUCUCUCUCUCUCUCUCUCUGCUACUUUUGAGCUCUUCUUUACACAACCGCCUUGUGUUUGUAUAAAUGUCUGAAUGAGCACUAUCUGUGUUUCGCAUACAAACAUUAAUAUACAUACAAAACAAUCCAAAAGGUCAUAAAUCGUCCGGAUUUUUGUACCUUUAAGAGCUGGGUUUCGGAGAUGGAGACUUAAUAAGAUCCGUUUAGAAAAGAGAAUAAAAGGAAGUUUUUUAUCUGAAAUCGAAGAAAAUGUCGGGUCAAAAACAAGCAGAGGAUUCGAUAAUCUCAUCUAAUUUCAACGAAAACGAACAUGAAGGAGGAGGGAAAGCAGAAGGCGUCGAAGAAGAAGAUCACUCGGUUUUCUCCAUGAAAAAUGCUCUUUGGCAUGGAGGCUCUUCUUGGGAUGCUUGGUUUAGUUGCUCUUCAAAUCAAGUGGCACAAGUUCUGUUAACACUACCAUACUCUUUUUCUCAACUGGGUAUGGUUUCAGGAAUUGUUCUUCAAGUCUUCUAUGGUCUUCUCGGAAGCUGGACAGCUUAUCUCAUCAGCGUUCUUUACAUCGAGUACAGAAGCCGAAAAGAGAAAGAAGGAAUCAGCUUCAAAAACCAUGUCAUACAGUGGUUUGAAGUUCUUGAUGGAUUAUUGGGACCUUACUGGAAAGCAAUAGGACUGGCUUUCAACUGCACUUUUCUUCUGUUUGGUUCCGUCAUACAACUCAUCGCUUGUGCAAGUAAUAUAUACUACAUAAACGACCAUUUGGACAAAAGGACAUGGACAUAUAUAUUUGGAGCAUGUUGCGCAACCACGGUGUUCAUUCCAUCUUUCCACAACUACAGAAUUUGGUCUUUUCUUGGUCUUGGCAUGACCACUUACACCGCGUGGUAUAUGACCAUUGCAGCUAUAAUUCAUGGCCAGGUUGAUGGGGUUCAACACUCUGGUCCGAAAAAGCUGGUCUUGUAUUUCACCGGCGCCACAAACAUACUGUACACAUUUGGUGGACAUGCGGUUACUGUGGAAAUAAUGCAUGCGAUGUGGAAACCCCGAAAGUUCAAGUAUAUUUACCUAAUUGCCACUCUGUAUGUUUUCACGUUAACACUCCCGUCAGCUACCGCGGUUUAUUGGGCGUUUGGUGACGAGCUUCUCAACCACUCAAACGCUUUCUCUCUCCUUCCCAAGACACGUUGGCGUGAUACCGCCGUCAUUCUAAUGCUCAUUCAUCAGUUUAUUACGUUUGGAUUUGCCUGCACGCCGUUAUAUUUUGUGUGGGAGAAGGUGAUUGGGAUGCAUGACACAAAGAGCAUAUGUUUACGGGCACUUGCAAGGCUGCCCGUGGUCAUACCAAUUUGGUUCUUGGCCAUCAUCUUCCCCUUUUUUGGGCCUAUCAAUUCUGCAGUCGGUGCACUCUUGGUCAGUUUCACAGUCUACAUUAUCCCUGCCCUUGCCCAUAUGCUCACUUAUCGAAAGGCAUCAGCUCGACAGAAUGCUGCGGAAAAACCUCCUCGCUUCAUACCAAGUUGGGCGGCUAUGUAUGCGGUCAACCUAUUUAUCGUGGUUUGGGUUUUUGUGGUUGGGUUCGGGUUUGGUGGAUGGGCCAGUGUCACCAACUUUGUCAGACAGGUCGAUACGUUUGGGUUAUUUGCUAAGUGUUAUCAGUGUAAACCUGCAGUGCCACCUCCACAACACCAUUGAGUUGACUCGGAAUCGAAGUGACUGAGUUUACUCAGGAC